GGAAUGCAGUCCAUACCGUGCGAUGUGAUGGUGCUGCUCUAAAUGCCAGUCAGUCUCACUGCAACUCCACGAAGCACACAUUACUGGAGUGUUGCACCGCGCAAAACAUUUCCGUAGCGUAGCUGAUGGAAACGGAGCCCGUUAGACAUGUGCGCGAACGUUUUCGGCGCGUUGAAAAGCCUGUUUGGGAAACCCUUUGAUGGUGGAAAGAGGACAAUGGAUCAUGGCAGUCAGCAGCCACAGACUCAGCAGAUGCCAGGACCCUUCCCAGGUUAUUCCGGACCCCGAGGCCCGUACCCUGGACAGCACCCAGCCCUGUUAAGGCUGGAUGAGUUGCAGAGGGAGGUCGCCAACCUGGGCCCACAGGUGUGCUCUUACAGUGGCCUGCAGAGCGACAGAGAGUACAAACGACUGGAGCGAGAGCUGACCCGAUUACUGCUAGAGGUGGAUAAGGUGGAGACGGAGGGCCGGCCGGAGCUUCAGCAGGCCCGGAAGCGUGCGGCGGGAGAGGUCGAGGGUCUGCUUCGAUACCUGGAGGGGAAUGCUACGCAUCCAUCUCGACUGGCCAUUGAGGAGCUGACCCAGGAGGCGCAGAACAUGCUGAACGAAGGGGUCGUGGGGCCGUUCCGACAGGGCCAGGCUCAAGAUGCCUUUGAGAUUAGUGAGGAGCUGGUGGAGGCUGUGCAGGACGUGGCCAUGCGGCUGGCUCAGGUCAAGACGGGUGGGAGCGUACCGCUGAGGAAGGCCCGUUACAAGGCGCUGACGAGGGUCUGUGCCGUACAGGAAAUACUGGAGGGUCGCAUACGCACACAUACGCUGGCGCUGCCGCUGUCCGACGACACCCACGAGGCCGUGCAGCGCAUUAAUCAAGUUAUGGCGCAGGUGAGUGGUGCCCGCUGCCAGGAAGUGGCUCUGCUGAUGGGUCUGAGUGGGCGUGAUAGCUGUACUCACCUAGCAAGGAUCCUCACAGAGCUGUUGGUAGAACUGGACGCCCUGGAUGUGUCUAGUAACGCUGCCGUGAGGAACUACAGAAAACAAGUGGUGGAGGAGAUCAAUGGUCUGCUGAAACAUCUUGACCUGGAGGGAGAAGGAUACGACACGCGCAGGUAUGAUCUAGCGCAGAAUGACUCUAUUCGUGAGAUUGAGGCGAUUAGGGGGCGUGUCUCAGCACUGCGGGAGGAGGUGCUCCGUCAUGGUGCCACAGGACAGGGGGCGGAGCUGCAAGGUCUCCUUACGCACCUGGAUCAGGUGGACACGGGCCGAAAUCCCUGCAUUCGGGAGGCACGGCGCAGGGCUGUGCUGGAAGUUCAAGCACUCAUCACCUUCCUAGACCUCUGGGAAGCCCUAGGACGUCGUAACCCUGGAGCAGACGAGCCGCCGCCUCAUGCGGCCGUGUGGCGUGUCUUAGCCAGCCUGGGCCAACUCCAGGCUCAGGUGUUGGGCUUUGACGGCAAGAGGGCUGACAAGAGCUACAUGGUAUUGGAAGAGCUACUGACCAAACAACUUCUGGCUCUUGAUGCUGUGGACCCUCAAGGGGACGAGGGGACCAAAACUGCCCGUAAGCAAGCUGUUAAACAUGCCCAGAAUAUCCUUAGUUACUUGGAUAUGAAGACAGAUGAGUGGGAGUACUGAGAGGCCGAUAAAAGAGACUGCAGUAUUGCCGAGAUUUCCCUGAAUAAGGAUCCGUGAGAAAAAGGCAAAAGCUUUUUUGCCUCGUGUGCGACAUCCGGACAAGACACGACCGUGCCGAGGACACAGGCCAUGGGUGGAAUUUUUAAUUUGUAUAUAAAAGACUUUGUGUUUCGCCGUGGGCAGCGAGACUGUUACCCAUGAUGCACUGCACCUGCUGCUUUUGUUGGUCCAUUACUGGUCCCUGAAAACAGCCUUUUUUCUGGCAGAAGGAAACCCGGUUUCUACCGCCAUGAAGCAUUUUUUUUCUUGACAAUAAUCCAUGAUCUUUUUAGUUGAAUCUGUGCUGUUGAUUGGUGUGGUGUGUGGUGCUAAACCCUGUACUGCUGCCAAAAUCUGCUUCCCGCUCUACCACAUGCCUGUGUGGGACAAAUUUCAGUCUUUAUCACGGUGUGAACACAUUAGCUCUUCAUUCCUAUCCAGUCAGAGCCGUAUAGGAGCACAUGAUCCCCUGCUACGACCACACCAGGUUGUGCAGUGGGCCAUUUCCUGUUAAUCCCACAUAAUGUAAAGGCAGUCCAAGCUUAGCGUUCAUAGGUUUGAUCUCUUCUCUAAAUUGCACUUUCAGAGCCUAAGCUCCUCACGCUGCAAUUAUUAGCUGCACAUAAACGAGAACUGACUCUAUAUGUGGGAACAAUUGUUUUUACAUUUUGUUGCAUCUUUUACAUGCAUAUAUCCCACAGAGAAAAUUGUAUCUUAAAAUAGAUUUUAGUUUAAAGAUUGAAGUGUGCAAUUUUAUUUUAACAUAAAAUUACACACUUCAACUUUAAAGAAGACUUUUUGACAUCGAAAAAGAAUGUGAGACUGAGAGAAACGGCAAAAAAAGAUUUCUAACCCUUCCUGCAGUCAAAUUUCAGUAGUCGGAGGCCAAAAUCGCAACGAGGUAUUGUCCUUGGAGACGUUUCUUUUUGGUAUUGAUAUGGAGGAUAAAAAUAGAAACUAGUUCACAUGUUUCUUGUCUUCUUCAUUGCUUUUUUUUAUUUUUGCUUUUAGGCAACAAGUGCCUGUGCAAGCCACCAGGGAAUAGAGCGGAGAAUGAAAGAGUGUGUCUGUGAUUGUUUAAAAAAAAGAAAAGUGGUGCAUGCUAUUUUGGUAGUGAGACUGAUCAAAGUUGACAGGGGCGUUCUAGGACAUUUUCAUUGGAGCGGCAUGGAAAGACAGCAAGCUAUCAAACAAGCACUGAAAUACUGUGGCUACAUUUACACAGUUAAAUGUGACCCAAAUCAAAUAAAAAAAAUUUAAAAAGUGUUUUUUGGGGGGAUGACUGUAUUAACAGCAAAAAUCACAUUUAAAAUGACAUUUGAACCAAUUUAAAUAUAUGGUUCACUUUCAUAUGUGGGAAUAAAUUGGUUAAAGUGAUUCCCCCAUGUGACUUGUGAAUUCAUAAAAAAUAAUAAUAAUGCAAUAAAGUGCAACAGUUGGGUUCCGGAAAAAAUCCCUUUAAUUUUCUCCAAGGGGGCAUUGAUUUAGGAUAACUACUUCGAGCUACUCGGUUUUUGGUAUAUUCUUUUGUUUUGAAAUGGUAAAUGGACUGCAUUUAUAUAGCGCUUUCAUAGACCUAAUGGCCACCAAAGCGCUUUACAUUUGCCACACAUUCACCCAAUCAUACACCGACGGUGUUAAAAUGGUGUUUAAUGGCAGAAUUCCUGGUAAAAAACAAAA